UCCCCGCCCAUUCGGCCUACUUUUUGGCUCCACGCUGCGGAAUCCUGAUUCGGAACUGACGGGUGAAAAGCUGGGGUGGAGAUGGCUGUUGCGCUGCCGUGCAUUGAAAGGCUGUCCUGUCGUGUGGUGCGCGUUUUAGGCUGUAAUCCUGGUCCUAUGACCCUGCGAGGCACCAACACCUACUUGGUGGGGACCGGCUCCAGGAGAAUCCUCAUUGACACUGGAGAAACAGCAAUUCCAGAAUAUAUCAGCUGUUUAAAGCAAGCUCUGGUUGAAUUUAACACAGCAAUCCAGGAAAUCCUAGUGACUCAUUGGCAUCCCGAUCAUUCUGGAGGCAUAGAAGAUAUUUGUAAAAGCAUCAAUAAUGACACUGCCUAUUGCAUUAAAAAACUCCCACGGAAUCCCCAUAAAGAAGAAAUUAUAGGAAAUGGAGCACAACAAUAUAUUUAUCUAAAAGAUCAAGAUGUGAUUAAGACCGAGGGAGCCACUCUAAAAGUUAUAUACACACCUGGCCACAGUGAUGAUCAUAUGGCUCUACAUUUAGAAGAAGAAAAUGCCAUUUUUUCUGGGGAUUGCAUCCUAGGGGAAGGAACAUCUAUAUUUGAAGACCUCUAUGAUUAUAUGAACUCCCUAAACCUGUUAUUGAAAGUCAAAGCUGAUAUUAUAUAUCCAGGACACGGCCCAGUAAUCCAAAAUGCAGAAGCUGCAAUUCAACAAUAUAUUUCUCACAGAAAUUACCGAGAACAACAAAUUCUUACAUUCAUUCGUGACAAUUUUGAAAAAUCAUUUACAAAAACGGAGCUUGUAAAAAUUCUUUACAAGAAUGUUCCUGAGAAUUUACAUAAAAUGGCUGAACGUAAUCUUUUCCUUCAUUUGAAAAAACUAGAAAAAGAAGGAAAAAUAU